AGAAUACGUCACUCACUAUCUAUUUUCGAAAAUAUUACAUUUUCAUAAAUUUUUACAGGCCAGCGCAGCGCCAGGCUUUCUUUUUGUAAAUAAACAAGCAAAAGCAAAGAACACGUCAAUUGUAAUCGAAAGAAAACUCUUUUCCUCCAAAGAGCCAAAUAAAAUAUGAAGAAAACAUGGGUUAAAAAAGAGAACAUAUAUUACAAACCUUUCUACAAACACAAGUCGAAGAUGCUCCUACUCGGCAUAUUUCUCCUAGGAAUCGUGUUUUUCAUCUACCAAGUGUUAUCCAUAAACCAGCUUCCCAUUUCAAGUACACCAUUUAGCUUAGAUAACACAUUAGAAUUUAAAGAUAGUAAAUAUAUAAUAGUUCUGAACCCAGGAAACGCUGUCGAACAACAACACUCCGAACUGAGUAGCACAGAGAAGAACAGCAGUGAACCCAUCAAAAUAAUACGUGGGAUUCGACUUUUUGACUAUGAUGCUUAUAAGCCGAACUUUGAAGGAAAAUUCCAGUGCCUAGACGGGAGUAAGGCAAUUCCCUUUGUUCAAGUAAACGAUGAAUUUUGUGAUUGCAUUACGGAUGGAAGUGACGAACCCAGCACGAAUGCUUGUGAGGUUGGGAAGUUUUAUUGUAAAUACCAAAAACGACAUAUCACUGGACGAGGAAGAGAUGUCUACAUUCCUAGUAGUAGAGUCAACGAUGGCAUCUGUGAUUGCUGUGAUGGGUCAGACGAAUGGACGACCGUUGAAUGUCCAAAUCGAUGUUCGUAAAUGUUCGUUAAUUAUUUUAGUUGUAACUAAUUAUAAUAUCCCAUUUGUAAUUUUCGUAUUCUUAAAAAAAGUGAUGAUUUUUAAAAUAUAUCUUUUUUAUAAACUAA